UUUAACCAAAGAAAAAGUAUUUUUAAGAUAUAUUAGUUUGCUUAAAUGGAAUCUCGCCGCAAUUUUGAAGUUAGACCAGCAGUAGAGAGGGAUGUGCCUGCGAUUGCAAAGAUGAUCAAGGGUUUAGCGCAAUACCUAGGGGAGUCGGACAAACUAAAGACAGGAGAAGAAGAACUGUUGCGCGAUGGUUUCGGCGCAAAUCAACUUUUUCACUGCCUUGUAGCUGAGGAAAUCCCUAUUCCACAUGAAGACGCGACCGUGAGCAUCAUUGACCCAGCCAGAAGCUCACACAGAAAGACUUCCACACCAAGGGUAAAGGAGAUCCUGGGUAUUGCUAUCUAUUUCUAUACCUACUCCACAUGGGAGGGUCCCAUGCUUUACCUGGAGGAUCUCUUUGUCAUUCCCUUUGCUCGAGGUCAAGGGAUUGGUACCUCAAUAAUGAAAUCACUUGCAAAGAUCGCUGCCGACAAAAAGUGCUCGCGCAUGCAAUGGAUGUCACCACAGGGACGCCCAUCUGUGAGGUUCUACGAAAAAUUUGGAGCUGAGUGCUUGGGAGACUGGUGUGUUUUUCGAUUGGGCAAAGCGGAGAUCAACGAACUGAAAUCCGACGCAGCUGAGCCCGAAGAAGAAUGAUAGCUAUUACGACUAUGAUAUGAAUUAAAAUUCCUUGCCAAUCUUUAAAUUAUAUAAUUA